AUGGAAGAAAUAAUUGAGGUAUGGGACGAUGAAAAAGUGGAACCUUUUGAGUAUCCAACAACGAUAUUUUCUGAUCAGUGUGCUGGAACUGCACCACUUCCUUUAUCCAGGAAUAUUAGCAUGACUUGCAUGCCGCAAUGGAAUAUAUUUGAUGAAAAGCAUUGCACCGGUUUAAAAUAUCUUAAUGUUAGCUAUUAUUUGCGCAAAUAUUCUUCGAAGAGAGAUGGAAAUCGAACAAUAGUAUCAAUAGAAGGUAAUCCGGAAAAGAGUCAUCUGAUCCGUUGGUUAUACUGGAAUGGUACAGCCUGUAUCAAUGCCGUUUCAACGGUGUCGAUUAAAUUUAUCAUUCAUAAUGGAUUAUUGGAAGAUAUAUCAGCGAGUGUACAUUAUGCUAACAUAACCAAACAAAGUUAUUCUCAACAAUUUUAUCAAUUUGAUGCAAUUUUUAUCGAAAUUUCAUCCACUUCAAAUGCCAUAGAAGCAGUGAAAAAACCACCAGGAUAUGAUAUGGGACAAAUAAUUCGAAUUGAAAGCACCACAAAUACGAAAUUUUUAAUUCCAUCCGGAAUGGAAUGCAACAAUCAGAAACAACAAAUUAAUAUACGAUUUGGUAUUCAAAUUAAUACAGCCUGUCGUUUAAA